UGCGUUGAUUUCGCCGCGAAACAUAUGUUUAUUAUUCGCCGUAGAUGUUCGCUCCAGUAGUUCGAUCAAACAGCAACAGAAUUUGCAUAUUUUUCUUUUACGCUUAAAAAUUGAUUUAAAAUGUUUGCUAUUUAGCAUAUGUUGUUUGGAAAAUCGUCUAGCUAUGAUGGAGCAGCUCCUGGACCAGGUAAAAACAAGUGUGCAACAGAAAUUCAAUGAUAUACGCGCCGCAUUGCAUAUGCGUGAAAAGUUGCUACUGCGACAGCUGGAGGUAAUUGCAAAUACGCAGCGCCAACAAUCGGCGCCCGUGUACAUCGAAUACGACACAGACAAAGAGAAAGAUAAGUGCGAGGUGCGAUUCGUCACUGGCAAUGAUAACGAGGAGGAGAAACUGCUGGCGGCCAUACGCAGCUUUGGCCAGUUCCAGCUGGACAGCAAUAUGCAGCUGGCGCUGCACAGGUCGCAGGACAACAGAACGGCGGGGCUGCGCAACGAGGACUACAUAGAGCCGAUGGAUGAUCAUGAGACCAUGUACAAAUGCCUAGAGAAUGGGGUGCACAACAGCACCUACUACGAUCUGAAUGAUGAGGUUCAGCCAGAGGCCAUUGUGGUGGACUUUUCACGCAACAAGUCGCUGCUCGAGGACAAUGCCAAGCGCUCCAUUAUCAACAUUACGCUGCAGGAGGCCAAAGAUCUGAUACGCCGAGCGAAAAUCAAGCGAGAGACCUAUGUGCCGCCGCUCAAUCUCGAAGAGCUGGACGACGAGCUGGAAUCGUCCAUAGCCGAUGCGGUCUCCAGUCUGGGGCGCAGCUGUCCUGAACAGCCGUCCAUCAAGCAAAAGCCGAAGGCACGCAAGCCCCGCUUCAAACCAAAAAUCACCAUCAACAACUGCAAUGGCACGAUUAAUCUGCGCAACAUUGCCAGCCUGACCAUCAACUGUGCCAGCGAGGACGCUGUCAGUGCUGAUCUGCCGCUCACCGAUGGCGCCGCCGCCGCAGCUGCACACACAAAGUUGAAGCAAACUGUGUCGGCUGACUCGAGCAGCAACGCCACCGAGCUGUCCAGCUGUACGCCCACCAGCUCCAAUUACUCGAGCAACGCUAGCUCGCGUUCGCAGUCCAAGAAGCAAAAGAACGCCAAGAGGACGGAGCUCAAAGAGGAGACAUCUAAGGAGAAAAGGGAGCAGGAUUCGGAGACCGUUGAGACAACGCCCACACAACCCAGCUCGACGGGCACGCCAGAAGUUAACUGCGACUUUUACAAUCGUUUGCUAAAUGAAAUCAAAAAGAGCCUCAAGCAGAAGCCGACUCGCACACAUGAGCCCGUGCCGGAAGCUGCAGCAGCAACAACAACAGCCACGGUCACAAGCAGCGAUGCGGUGCAGGCAGCUGCCGUUGCACCCGAUUCCAGUUGCGUGGCCCACUGUCGGCGGGCGCACGGAGACGGGCCGGUCCAUGUUUCCAGCACGCAGGGCAGCGAGGUCGGCGACUCGACGCUGUCAUCGCAGCUGCAGCCGGGCAGACGUUUGAUAUUGAAGAACUUCGAGAACCUGAAGAUAAUCUUAGAGGCAAACAGCGGCGACGAGGACUCAUUUCAUCCGGUACAGAUCGAGCAGUGGCUGGCAGAGAUCAUAUCCGAGACAGACCUGGAACCAAUGCAAAAUACAGACAUACUUGAGCACAGCAAAAUCAACAACAGCGAAAGCAACUAAACAAAAGGCUGGCACGUCACACAGCGCACAAAAUAGUUGAAAAAUAUAUAUCACAGUAUUUCAUAAUUAGAUAUAUUCGUAUCUGUAGUCGUUCCCAUAAUUUCCUUAAAUAUCCAAAAGAAAACUAUAAUAAUUGCCAACUUAUAGUAUAUAGUAUUAUGGCUAUAUACAUUUUAGAACUUAAAAAAUCACAUAUUACACAGCUUUUGUGGUCCAAGUCUAUGCAUUUAAGAUUUAAAUAUGUACCCACAAAAACAAAAGACCUAGUGUUUCGUGUACUUAAAUGCACUUUAUUUUGUGAUUCUGCAUCACAUUCCAAGACUAAAUAUUGCACCACUUAAUACACGAUUAAGUUUAGCACCUAAGAUUUAGGCCAAUUUCAUUGUCACUCUAAUGCAAACCAAAACAAUUUGUAUAUUUAAUUAAAGUGUGAACAUUCAAAUGCUAAAUAAGGUUUACAUGCGCCUUGGACAUUGUUUCACCUAAAAAUGAAAUCAAUAUUCAUAGCGCUCAAGUUCUAAAUACAGUAGUCACUCGCGUAGGAGAACGCCAAGGGAAGCUUUCGAUUAAAAUCAUUAAUGAACCAAUUAUAAAA